UCUCUCUGGUUCGCAUCAGACAGACGUCUGCACCGUGAUCACCCCACACACGUGACACCACUCACACCCUGCAUACCCCAACCUCACCUCUGAGGUACCGAGAGUGUGUGCGACCGCCCCACUCCGCUCCCCCCCUCCCCCAUGAUCAUCUACGCCCUCGUUGCCCGGGGCACCAACGUGCUCUGCGAACACGCGGUCCGUUCAGGCAACUUUACCUCUGUCACGCCGCUCAUUCUCGGCAAGCUCGACGCCAGCCGUAAUGAGAAGCGGACAUACGUGUACUCGUCGAUGCACUUUCACUACGUGACGCAUAACGGGCUGGUGUUCCUCGCCAUGGCGGAGGCGGACACGCCACGGCGCAUUCCGUUUGCCUUUCUCGCCGACGUCAUCUCCCGGUUCGAGGCGCAGUUUGACGCAGGUGUGGCACGGAGGGCGAUCGCGUACUCGCUCGACUCGGCGUUCAAGCCCACGCUCUCGUCGCGGAUCGACUACUACAACCAUGACCCGUCUGCAGACAAGAUUAGCGCAGUGCAGUCGCAGAUCGACGACGUCAAGGGCGUCAUGGUCGACAACAUCGAAAAGGUGCUCGAGCGCGGCGAGAAGAUCGAGCUCCUGGUUGACAAGACCGACAACCUGUCGGCGCAAGCGUUCCAGUUUAAGAAAAAGUCGACGUCGCUCAAGCGGGCUAUGAUGUGGAAGAACAUCAAGAUGUGGAUUCUGAUCGGGAUGGUACUGGCCAUCGUGCUUUGGCUCAUCCUCUCGUUUGCCUGCGGCUUUGACUUUUCCAAGUGCAAGAAGAAGAAGAAGUGAUGGGAACAGCUGUGACUAGGCUGCGUAGCAGCAGCAUUGAAAUCAAGGAACCAAGAAGGGCGUAGCCUCACACGUAUCGCAUCGCAGCUUGAGCUGAGCGCUGGCAACUGCCGAGUGUGCGAGUGCGAAGAGGGUCUGGAGAUGGGCAAAAAAAG